AUGGAUCUCAACUCGAGCCAAGAUACUUCAUCCUCCGCAAAGAGGCUGAAGGGCAAAGUUGCUCUCAUAACAGGAGGUGCAAGAGGAAUUGGAGGAGCAACAGCACAACUGUUUGCCAAAAAUGGAGCUUAUGUUGUCAUUGCUGAUGUACUGGAUGAUUUAGGUACAAAUUUAGCCCAAUCCAUCGGUGGGAAGUACAUUCACUGUGAUGUCUCAAAAGAAGAAGAAGUUGAAUCGGCUGUUCAGCUUGCUGUGUCGUGGAAAGGCAAGUUAGACAUACUGUUUGCCAAUGCAGGCAUCGGAGGCCCUGGAGGAAGCAUAACAACUCUCAAAAUUGAGGAUGUGGUUUCACUCGUUGGAAUAAACCUGUUCGGGAUCAUACACGCCAUCAAACACGCUUCGCGAGCAAUGAUAGCGGGUAAGAAUGGAGGCAGCAUUGUAUGUUCGUCUAGCUCGGCUGCCAUCAUGGGAGGACUAGCUUCACAUCCUUAUACAGCAACCAAGAAUGCCAUUCUUGGCCUAGCAAAGACCACUGCUUGUGAGUUAGGGCAACAUGGGAUUCGCGUGAACUGUAUCUCGCCUCAUGGCAUUCCAUCUGAGAUGCUCGUGAAUGGUUACAAGUUGUGCCUUGGAAGAGAUGAUAUUGACGCUGAAGACGUGACUAAGAUUGUGGGAGAAAGGGCUAGCCUUUUGAUAGGCAGAGGCGGAAGAAUGGAAGAUGCAAGUCAAGCGGUGCUGUUCUUGGCAAGUGAUGAGAGCGGCUUCAUAACAGCGCACAAUCUUGUGAUUGAUGGUGGCUACACUUCAGCUGUUAGCCACUUGAGUGCCAUUUACUCUUGA